UGGCGGCGGCGGUUGGGUCGGUUGCGGCGGAGCGCUGAGGCCGUUGGAGGGCGGCGGCGAGGCGGCGGGCCUGGCCUUGGGACGAGGGAGCGGACGACGACGACGACGACGAGAGGCGGCGGCCAGAGGGCUAGAUAUAAAAGGAGAAGAGAAAACAAGAUCCUCCAUUGCCAAAAUUUACUAUUGAUUUGAUUUCUCACAGUCUUCACCCCUCAGAAGGGAUCCCUCACGGUUAACCCAUCACCAUGGCCACUGGAGGAGAUCCGUUUGAAGACGACAUAAAUGAUCAGGACUUCCCAAACUGGAGCAGCGAGAGUGUCGACGAUCGAUUGAACAACGUGAGCUGGAGUACUCAGCAGAAGAAAGCAAAUAGGUCAUCGGAGAAAAACAAGAAAAAAUUUGGUGUGGAAAGUGGAAAGCGGUUAACUAAUGACAUUUCUCCGGAGUCCUCACCGGGAGUCGGACGGCGAAGGGCCCAGACUCCUUCCACGUUCCCCCACAGUAGAUAUAUGGCCCAGAUGUCCGUGCCAGAGCAAGCAGAGUUAGAAAAGCUCAAGCAACGGAUCAACUUCAGCGACUUGGAUCAGCGGAGCAUCGGAAGUGAUUCUCAAGGCCGAGCAACUGCUGCUAACAACAAACGUCAGCUGAGUGAGAGCAGAAAGCCGUACAACUUCUUGUCACUGCAGAUCAACACAAACAAAAGCAAAGAUGCUGCUCCCGGCCCUCCAAAGCGAGAGGGUAGUGGGUCAUCGCAGUGUAAAGAAUCAUUUGCAUUAGCCCGGAGUAAAGACUGCCUGCAAAAUUGUCAAGCUCCGGAAGAAACUGGCAGCGGAGAGCCUGCUAUAGACAGUAGCCAGGUUGUGAGCAAGCUCGUACAGAUUCGGGACUACAUUGCCAAGGCUAGUUCCAUGAGGGAUGAUCUGGUAGAGAAAAAUGAAAGGUCUGCAAAUGUCGAGCGCCUCUCACACCUGUUAGAUCAUCUUAAAGAACAAGAAAAGUCAUACCUGAAAUUUCUGCAAAAGAUGCUCGCCAGAGAGCCUCAGCAGGAGACGACAGAAGAGCUGGAGAAUCUGAAGAAGCAGCACGACUUGUUGAGAAGGAUGUUGCAGCAGCAGGAACAGCUGAGAGCUUUGCAAGGAAGACAGGCCGCCCUUUUAGCACUGCAGCACAAAGCGGAGCAGGCCAUUGCCGUGAUGGACGACUCGGUUGUCACCGAAACUACUGGUAGCAUAUCCGGAAUAAGUAUAACAUCUGAAUUAAAUGAAGAGUUGAAUGACUUAAUUCAGCGUUUUCACAAUCAGCUUCAUGAUUCUCAGACGACGGCUGUUCCGGAUAAUCGGCGGCAAGCGGAAAGCCUCUCUCUGACCAGGGAGGUGCUCCACAGCCGGACUUCAUCUGCCUCACAGCCGCCGGCGGACGAGAAAGUGCAGCUUUUUAGCAAAAUGAGAGUUUUGCAGGAAAAAAAACAGAAAAUGGACAAACUGUUGGGGGAACUCCACACUCUUCGAGACCAACAUCUAAACAACUCCUCCUUCGUACCGGUGACCGCCACCCUGCAGAGGAGCGCGGAUCCUCAGAGAAGUCCGGCAGUCGCUGCUGCCGCCCCGGCCCCCAGGGGCCUGGCGGCCGGCGGCGGGUCCAACCGACCGAGGUCGCCUGGCCCUUUUCCUCCUGAAUCCCGAGCUUCUCAGAAUGACAGUGAAGAGGAAGAGCAUCUCAACCCCACUGAAAAGCUCCAGAAAUUGAAUGAAGUCAGGAAGAGACUGAACGAGUUACGGGAAUUAGUUCAUUAUUUUGAGCAGACGUCGGAUAUGAUGACUGAUGCUGUGAAUGAAAACACCAAAGAUGAGGAGGAGGAGGAAGAGGAAGAUGAGGAGGAGACUGAAGAGUCAGAAGAUGAUUGCACACGGGAGACACCCCAGCCAGUCACGAACCUCAGAAAUGCACAGGGAACGGCUAGCUGGGGUGAAGGGAACGGUAACACCAUCGCUCCUGGUGCCGCCAAUAACAGAGAUGGGCGAUCCCUCAAUACCAACUGCGAGAUAAACAACAGGUCCGCCAACCUGCGGACUCUAAAUAUGUCUUCCACUUUAGACCGCCGCUACAACUCGGAAAGUGACCGAGACGGCCGCGUGGUGCGAGGUGAAGAGAAAGAGGACGACGAGGAGGACGAAGAGGAGGGAGAGGAGGAGGAAGAGGAGGAGGAGGGAGCUGUUGAAGAAGACGGAGUCAGUGAAGCCUCCCUCUCUAGCUGUAGGAGCAGUAUGGCUGAAGAUGCCGAGUGGGAACAGAAGAUCAACAGACUGAUCUCUGCUAAAGAGAAACUCAGGCACCUGCAGGAUCUUGUCGCUAUGGUUCAGGACGGAGAGGCCGAGCCAGCCACGGAGUCCGCCAGCGCACCAGGCCCGAGCGAAUUCUUCACGGCGGGAGAAGAGUUGGCCGAGCAACACCCCGACAAUGCCCGAGACGGGGCCCAGGCAACGGAGCGAGACGCCCGGCCCGAUGACAAAUCCAGAGAGAAAUUCUAUGAAGCCAAACUCCAACAGCAACAAAAAGAGCUCAAGCAGUUACAAGAAGAAAGAAAGAAAUUGAUAGAUAUUCAAGAAAAAAUUCAAGCAUUGCAGAAGGAGUGUCCCGACCUACAGCUGUCAGCCAGGAAUGUGGGUCAUCGUUCCACCAAGAGGCGUAUCCCGGUUGUCACCUCAACCCCGGCUGUCACUGCAAAUGGAAACCCUCCCUCAAGAAGAGCCGUGUUUGAGCCUGCAGAUUCUUCCGCCGUGGAUAACGAGCUGUGGUCCGAGAUGUGUAGACAUGAAAUCUUAAGGGAAGAGUUACGCCAGAGACGAAAACAGCUUGAAGCUCUGAUGGCUGAACAUCAGAGGAGGAGAGAACUAGCAGAAGCCACGUCAGUGGUUGCUGCUUCCAUCAGAAGUGAGGGGUCAGAAACCCAGGGAACCCCUCAGCGGAGUAGAAGCGAAAAUAGAACAGUGGCAACCUGGGGAGGUUCCCCACAGUGUGUGCUCGACGAAGAAGACCGAGGAGAAGACAGCUACCUUUCCGAUGGAAUCGUUCGGGGGGCAGUGGCGGCCGACGAAGAAGAGGAGGAGGAAGAGGAGGAAGGGGACGACCAAGAGACCAGUUCUAAUGAGAACUUCUCCGUGCACCCUCGCCAAAGUCUGAGUCGAAGUCCGUAUGAACCGAAGGGAAAUAAAGACAGGUGGAAGAAGAGCCGCCCGCUUUCCGCGGAGGGCAACCUCCGGCCCGUGGCCAAGGCCCGGCAGCAGAACAUCAGCAUGCGGCGGCAGGAAAAUGUACGUUGGAUGUCCGAACUGUCUCACGUGGAAGAGAAGGAGCAGUGGCAAGAGCAGAUCAACCAGCUGAAGAAGCAACUGGACUUUAGCGUCAGCAUCUGUCAGACUCUAAUGCAAGACCAACAGACCCUGUCCUGCCUGCUCCAGACGCUCCUCACGGGUCCCUACAGCGUCAUGCCCAGCAAUGUCGCGUCUCCGCAAGUCCAUCUGAUCAUGCACCAGUUGAACCAAUGCUACUGUCAGCUCACGUGGCAGCAGAGUAAUGUUCAGAGGCUGAAGCAGAUGCUCAGCGAUCUCAUGCGCCAACAAGACGAGCACCCGGAAAAGCCCCGCAGAAAGGAGAGGGGCAGCGCCCCACCCCCGCCUUCUCCCAGUCUGUUUUGUCCGUUGGGCUUCCCGUCCCAGCCAAUGAAUCUCUUUCCUAUGCCCGGCUUCGCCGCCUGUUCCCCUUUCGCCCCGGGUAUGAAUUUCAACCCUGUAUUUCCCUCCAAUGUGGGUGACUUUCCCCAAAACACUUCUCCCCACAACGGACAGCAGUCCUCAUCAGGUCAAGACACUUCUGGAAAAACGGAGCACGUGGCAUUCCCGAAGCCUUUUGAAAGCAAUUCUUCUUUAGGAGCCGAGAAGCAGAGGAACACCAAGCCGCCGGAGGAGGAAGCGGAUCCUCCCAGGCCGGCGGGGUUGGCGGCUGACCAGGAAGGCGGGAUGGACACCCAGCCCCCUGUCAAGUCCGGGUUCGCCGUAGCCGUUCGGAAGAUGGCCUCCAACCGGAAAAGCCAGCUAGACACCAGCAGGAGACGCCGGCACUGGGACGAAGAGUCUCUGGAGAGCUUCAGCAGCAUGCCCGACCCCAUGGACCCCACCACUGUCACGAAAACCUUCCGGACCCGGAAAGCGGCGGCCCGGGCCAGCCUGGCGGCCAGGGAGAAGACCCCAAAGCCCAAGAGCAGGAAGAGGGCUUCCGCCCAGCCGAAGAACAAAGAGGAGAAUUCUGGCUAUGAAAGUGCCAGUUUGUCCAGUACGUGCGAACCUUGCAGGAGUAGGAAUUGGAAUUCCGGCCAGCCUGAGGAGCUUGGGCCAGCGCAAGUGCUCAGUGGGAAGAACCCCGAGCAACUGGAGGGGACCACCCCAGACACACGCUCCACGGAAAUAUCCUCAGCCCAGGUUAGGAGAGUCCUGCCGUCAUCGCCGCCCCCGGCUAACAGAACUGCAUGCACCGACGCGCCAGAAACCGGUAGUGAUUUUUCUAUGUUUGAGGCUCUGCGGGACACCAUUUAUUCUGAAGUAGCGUCACUAAUUUCCCAAAACGAAUCUCGACCGCAUUUCCUCAUUGAACUUUUCCAUGAGCUUCAGCUUCUCGACACCGACUACCUAAGACAGCGGGCUUUGUACGCCCUGCAGGAUGUGGUGACCCGACAUGUCUCCAAGAGCCGUGACAGAGCAGCGGAAGGGGCCAAAGCCCUGAAUUCCACAACGUGGACGGCCUCCAAUUCAGAACUUACUCCCAGCGAGAGCCUUGCUACUACUGAUGAGGAGACAUUCGCCAAGACUUUGAAUGGAGAAGAAUGCCCCGACUGUGAGUCGAACAAGGCCGACAAUGCCAGCUCCCUGUCCGUGUCUUCCAAUUUUGAACCUUUUGCAACUGAAGAUCUGGGCAACACUGUGAUUCACUUAGAUCAAGCCUUGGCCAAGAUGAAGGAGUACGAGCCGGUCAAGGUAGAGGCUGAAAGUCACCUCGCCUCGGGUGGGGAUUUUCCGGGUGCCGCUGUCGCCGCCGUCGCCGCCGCCACCUCAGCAGUGGAAACUCCAAAUGUCAACGCCCAGCGGGCCCAAGAGCCGGCAAGGGAAGCAUCUGCUGCUCCAGGUCCUCGGAUUGACACUCAGCAGCUCGACCGGCAGAUUAAAGCCAUCAUGAGAGAGGUGAUCCCCUUCCUAAAGGAACACAUGGAUGAAGUCUGCUCCUGUCAGCUCUUGACUUCAGUCAGGCGCAUGGUUCUGACCCUGACCCAGCAGCACGACGAGAGCAAAGAGUUUGUCAAAUUUUUUCAUAAACAACUCGGAAGUAUAUUACUGGAUUCACUGGCAAAAUUUGCUGGCAGAAAACUGAGGGACUGUGGGGAGGACCUUCUGGUGGAAAUAUCUGAAGUUUUGUUCAAUGAACUGGCUUUCUUUAAGCUAAUGCAAGACUUAGAUAACAACAGCGUUACCCUGAAACAAAGAGGCAACAGAAGAGUGGAAGCAGCUGUGGCCAUAACGCCUUUCGCUAAAGAGGCAAAGAGAAGCCUUGAGGGAGAUCCCUGUUCACCUCCAGGAGAGAUUGACGACGUAGACAAAGACAAGGAUGAGACUGAAAUGGAAAAGCAGGCCCGCGUGCCCGAGGUGGGCGACGGCCGCGACGGUCCCAGGAGCGGGCGGUCUGACGUUUCUGACCCGGAGGACGAGGAGGAGAGUGAGAGCUGCCCACUGUCCAUCAGCUUAUCCAAAGCCGAAACCCAGGCUCUGACCAAUUAUGGAAGUGGAGAAGAUGAAAACGAGGACGAAGAAGUGGAGGAGUUUGAAGAGGGGCCCGUGGACGUUCAGACUUCGCUCCAGGCAAACAAGGAGACCCCAGAGGAAAACGAUCGAGAACAGAGUCCGCGGCCGAAGCUGGGCCGGCCGGGCGGGAGCGCAAAAGGCCCGUCAACUCCAGAAAGCACUGGCACUGAAGGGACCCAGGACGGACCCACGGGAUCGCCGGCUUUGCCCGCUGUUUCGGAACAGGAGCGGCACCCCAAUGGCAGCGUCAGCCUUCCGACCGGACCAGCUGCCGCCGGGCCCUCCCGAGAGCCCGGCCCGGACCCACCAGCCACACAAGCAGCCAGCGUGGGCCCGGCUGGCACCCGAGCCAAGCCCUCUGCCGGGUCCCCCGAGAGCUCAGUGGCCGGCAGCCCCGACACCGAGUCCCCGGUGCUGGUGAACGAAUUUGAGGCCGGGUCUGGAAACAUCAGUCAGAAAUCUGACGAAGAUGACUUUGUGAAAGUUGAAGAUUUACCUCUGAAACUGACGAUGUAUUCCGAGGCGGAGCUGACACAGAAGAUGGUGGCCGAGGAACAGAACAACCGCUUGACUGAUGAGAUCCUCGCGGGAAACGGACCUCAAAUGGAAGAACUGGCUGGAGAUUCUCAGCUUUCCAAAGAGCCUGGUAAACCACCGGAGCCCAGAGCGCACGAGAGAAUCAUCAGCGACCCCUCCGGCUCCGUUCCCUCCCCUCCCCAAGUCAGUGAUUCCGUAUCAAACUGGUCCUAACUCGACGUCUCCUUUGGAGCCGUUUAGCGAUGGGAUCGAGGCUUUGCCCUUAGCGGGGGUGGCCCCCGGCCUGACAUCAGCUCCUCCCACCUUCAGAAUGUUGAGGCACUGUUCUCUUUGCUCGCUUCUUUUUUAUUUUUUCACUGUGUUUUGUUUAGUAACUUUAAACUCAAAGCCUAGUUUUAAAUAAAGGUUGGACUUGUCGGUUAA